CCGCAUUUUACAUCCGACACGCCGUAAAACUCCAACAGAAGUUUGCGACGUCUGCUGUCGUAAACAACGUAAAGAUGUCUGCUAACCACAGCUUAGCCUGACACAUGACGGCUUAGUUUUGUUUUUGGUUUACUUUUGUUUUGUUUCGUCUGGCGACUUGGACAUUGUAUUAGAUGGGGACCGAUAGCUUACCAUGAAACUCCGGGUGCAGAAUGACAGGAGUGAUUCCAGAAGAGCACUGAAACUGAGGGAGUCUCCUACUGUAAUGCAGCCUAAUUCAAGUGAGCGGGGUGCUCAUGCAGGAAAUGGUUUAUCCCUUACUCUGCAACCAGAGCUUACCAGGACACCAGCCCCUGCUGCUGCUGCUGCUAACCCUGAGAGCAACGAGGUGCGGGUAACCAUGACCAGCAAUCCUGGGGAGUGCAGUGGAGGCGCAUCAUCCAGGAGGUCCAGAGUCAAUUCCCACAGCCACACUCAUUCUCAGCCACAUGCACAUAAUCAGGUGCCGCACCACUCGAAUACGGAGCCUGAGCUUGACCCGCCUGACUCUGAUCUGGACUCUGGAGAACCCAGCAGCUCUAUGUCUGAGCUUCGCUGUCUCUUCCGCUGGCUCCAGAAGAGUCUUCCUUUCAUUGUCCUACUGUGUGCUAAACUGGUCAUCCAACAUGCUCUGGGUCUUGCAGUUGGGGUUGGCCUCUUCACAACAUUUCUAUAUGUGAAUAAAAAUCUUCAAAGUCAAGUGUUUCUUCAGGAUCGUCAGUCAAAGCUGCAGUGUGUUUGGCUGCUACUGUUCCUUAUCUCUUCCACCCUGCUGCUUUACUACACCUUUCUCACUGAGACACUUCACCAUUGCCUCAUCUUCCUCAGCCCAAGCAUUGAGCCGCUGGGUUUCUGGGAGGUUCUGUGGGUUGUCGGCAUCACCAACUUCAUAAUAAAGUUUCUCUUUAUGGGGAUUAAGUGCCUUAUUCUGCUGCUGCCAUCGUCACUGGUGACCUACAGAACCCAGGGACGUUGGGUGAUGCUGACGGAGGAGCUGGGUCAGGUACACCAGGCCACGGCUCCUGUUCCACUGUGGUUCCGCUACCUGGUCACAUACGAGGAGGUGGACGGCAUCCCCGGACUCACACUGGGGGUCCUGCUGGCUCUGCUCUACCUCAUACUAAAGCUUUUAGGAUUGUACGGACAGUGGACGUCUUUCAUGAAAACUGUGAGGAUAUUUGUAAAAGGCGAGCAUACAGGCACAGCAGCCACUAGGAGUCAGUGCAGCGAGGCUGGAGACAUCUGUCCCAUCUGUCAGGGAGAGUACAGGGAGCCUCGGGUCCUACUCUGUCAGCACAUAUUCUGUGAUGAAUGCAUCGCUCUGUGGUUUAACCGCGAGAAGAGCUGCCCUCUAUGUCGCACCGUGAUCACAGAGAAGGUUUACAAAUGGAGGGAUGGAGCCACAUCGUCACACUUGCAGAUUUAUUGAUUGUUAGGGUACAGGUGGUGGGCUUUUGGGUGGGGUGCAUUGGUAUUAGUUUGUUUUAAUAGGUUAUUUUCUGUGGCUGUCAAACCCCACUGACAAGUAAUGUACACACUGUUUUAUUAAUGAGUUAAGGGCUGUGGUCAAUAAGGACACACAACUUGAACCCACAGAUGAUGUGUUUCUGGCUUAUUUACCAGUACAUCCCUAGCUGUCACUCUCACAGACAACGGAAAGUUGAUUAUUUUCACGUCCCAAAGUGAUUUUUGUAUUUUAAGUUGUUUCCUUUUGUGUUGUUAUUCACCUUUUUAAUUAUCUUCAUAUAAACUUUCCUCAUGGAGCAGCAAAU